AUGGAUCCGGCCCUUGCGCUCGCUGAUUUUGUGUUUGCUCGGCAGGAACAAGCCGCUGCGGAGGAAGAAGCAAUGCGCUCGCCGCCGCCCUUCAACGCGUCCCCUGCCUCUUCUCACUCCGGCGCCGCGAGCCGCCUCACCGCCCAGUCUGGCACCGGCAAGACCUCCAGGAUCUCCCUCUCCGUCUACCAGGUCAUCGAUACCAACGUCCACGAGGUGCAGACGCUGAUACUGUCGCCAACUAGGGAGCUUGCAGCGCAAACAGAGAGGGUCAUGCAGGCUGUUGGUAGCUUCAUGAGCGUCUAUGUGCACGCGUGUGUUGGUGGCAAGAGUAUCGGCGAGGAUAUUAGGAAGCUCGAGUCUGGAGUGCAUGUCAUGUCGGGAACCCUGGUCCGAGUAUGUGAUAUGAUCAAGAGAAGGACCUUGCGCACACGAGCCAUCAAGCUCCUAGUCCUGGACGAAGCCGAUGAGAUGUUGAGCAGAGGUUUCAAGGAUCAGAUAUAUGAUGUCUACAGAUAUCUUCCCCCAGAACUUCAGGUCCCUCUUUGA